AGACUCCACAGCUGAUAGUAGACAGAAAGGAUUACAGGUGCAUCAAAGAUGAAGUGGCUUUUAACUGCGCUGACUGCUGUGUGCGUCCUUUUGCCCAGCGCCCACUGCGCCACACCCGGAGUCGUCUGGUGUUAUGAUCAACCAAGCUGCAAUGAGAGCCGCUGGGGAACUAUUGCUCCUCUUUGCAGUGGAAGCCGACAGUCUCCAAUUAACAUCGUCUCAACAUCUGCCACAGCUGACUCUAAUCUGACGGAAUUCACCUUUACUAAUUACAACAGCAAAACCGCCUUGACGAUGAUCGAAAACACUGGAAAGACAGUCAAAGUCUCCCUCGCUGCAGGUGUUAAGAUUUCUGGAGGGGGUCUGCCUGAGUCCUACGACAGCCUGCAGUUCCACUUGCACUGGGGUAAUGGCAGCUCUGUCCCCGGCUCCGAGCACACUGUGAACGGCAAGCGAUAUUCCAUGGAGUUGCACAUUGUAAACAGCAAAGGAUCCUAUAAUACGAACACAGCUCUAGCUGUGAAAGACUCUACAGGACUUGCUGCUCUUGGUUUCUUCAUUGAGGAAAUGUCGGGAAGCUCAACUGGCCAACCUGCAAGCUGGAACAUCUUGAGCUCCUACCUGGCCAGUAUCAAAAGCAGCGGCAACAAAACUUCAGUGGCAAACGGAAUUUCACUGGAUGAUCUCCUGACCGGGGUGGAUCGAUCCAAGUACUACCGCUACCUCGGCUCCUUGACCACCCCCACUUGCAAUGAAGCUGUGGUUUGGACUGUGUUCAAGGAUACAAUUAAAGUCUCCAGAGAUGUGAUUGACCUCUUCAGCAAUACGGUGCACGUCGGCGACGAGAACUCAACUUUUGCAAUCAAUGUCUUCAGAAGCAUCCAGCCACUGCAAGAUGUCUCAACACAGGCCGGGAGCAGUUCCUCCAACGGUAACCCCUCCUCUUCCUCCAGCGCUUCCUCCGGAGCCAUGUGCUCUGUGGGGCUGAUGGCUCUGAGCCUUGUUCUGGGGAGAGGUGUGAGCCAUUAAAGGCUGUUAUGGCGUUUAUGGUUUUGCCUGGUAAUCCUGUCUGCAUGAUUUUAAUUUUUGUAAUCCAUUUUUAUGUAACCAUAUGGUCCUCGUCAGUGCUGAUACUGUAAGCAGAAGAAAUGUAGCCCCGUGGCCAAGCUGAACACUCACAAAUGAAAGCCGUGCUGCCUCAUUUAGAGGAUGUAAUGAAGGAUUGACGAUCAAUUAGUAAAAUGAAGAACGAUAUUUAUCACAAUUGUAUAUGUUACAUGUUUACCCUUUAGCCCUGCGUUGCACUACAUGUACAUGUAACAUAACUGUGAUUUGUUUUUAAGUUAAAAUAUUUUUUUUUCUUUCAUUUUGGUUUUUACUGCAAUAGUGUGGGACAAACGAAGAUUUAAUAAAAAAAAAUUAAAAAAGAA